AUGGGGGCGGGGAAUCUUUCGCUACGGUGUGACGCCGAAAAAGGUAUUACACGCCGAUGUCAGGCCGGAUGUCAAUCUUUGACUUACACUAGGCCGGUGCAGCGGUGGAGAGUUUCUCCAGAUCCAAAUCCCGAUCGCAGUCGCACUAGGAAGUAUAGCGGACCGGCUAAUGCAUGUCAAUAUGGCGGGAAGCUAGCUGCAAACCCCGAAGCGUGGCAAAAUUGGCAAAAUGGGCGCCUUCGUGUGAGAGACAUCUUCAAGAUGAGGGGGAAGGAUUCCCUUAGUCCUUCAGCUGUCCAUGCAUGUAGUAGACUACUACUAGUGAUAGAAGCCGAAGAUAGAGUGACGUUGGUCUUGGCUCUCAACUUUCCAGAAUUCGCCCUCUCUGAUAGUUUUCCUUCGUAG